GCGCCGUGACGUCACUGCGGCGCCGCCAUGCUGCGGGCGCUGAGGCGCUGCCGCCCGGGGCCCGUCCCGCUGCCGGCGCUGGCGGCCGCGCUGGGGCCCGCGCCCGCCCCGGGGCUCUGUCCCGGCUGGUCCCCGCGGGCCGUGCCGGCGCGGGGCCGCAAGAGCCGGCACGACCCCCCCGCCAAGUCCAAGGCGGGCCGGGUGAAGCUGCCGCCGCCCGUGGACCCCGAGGAGCUGCUGGUGGUGCUGGAGCGGUACCGGCAGCACCGGCUGGUGCUCAGCGCCCUCCGGGCGGAGUUCAGGGCCGAGGUGCUGCAGAAGAAGCGGGAGGAGCGCCUGGCUGAGGGCUCGUUGGAGGAGCUGGAGGAGCACCGGCGCCUGAUGGCCUGGAACGAGGAGGAGAACGCCCGGCAGCAGGCACGCAGAGAGGAGAGAGUCAGGAAAGAAAAGGAGGAGCAGAAGAGGAGGAGGUUGGAGAUUGCGGAGAAACAGGCCAGGAAAAUGGAGGCUUUCGUGGAGGAGAAGGAGAAGGAGGUUCUCCAGCUGCAGGAGGAAGCCAAAAACUUCAUCACCCCCGAGAACCUGGAGGCUCGGAUCGAGGAGUGCCUGGACAACCCACGCAACUACAACUUCGCCAUCGACAAGGACGGGCGCAUCGUCAGGCGCACGGUGCUGUCCUAGCAGCCCUGGCACGGGUCCAGAGGGCCCCCAGACAGCACAGAUCCCUCCUUUGAAUGUCUCAAUUGACCACACAAGUGGUGGGGAAGGGCCACGGGUCUGGCUGUGCUGCUUCCAAAGGGUUAACGCCUGCGGGAAGGGGGUGAGGGGGAGCUUGGAGGCUCCAGCCUGGCUCAGCCCUGCUGCUGUGCCUGUGAUCCCACCUCCCACGUGUUUGGAUCCCUUCUGCCUUCACACACAGCGUGUGGGAGCAGUCCUGAGGCAGAGCCUGGCUCAGCUCCCUGCUGUCAGCUCCUCUGGAUGCUUCCAAAGGCAAAUGAGGGCUGAAUGAAUUUGUAGGAAACACUGACCUUCCCUUUUUUUGUUGUUGGGAAGAAAUUAAUUGUAAUCCUGAUUUCACACUUUAAACCCUCCUUUGCACAUCCCUUGGUGUGGCUCAAUAAGAAAAUGUGUCUGAAUGA